AUGUCGGAUACGGACACGAACAUUCGUGCCAUGCCACCUACACGAGAGCCAUCUGCGUCCCCCACCACCGCCACGAUCAAGAUAACGGAUAGCAUGGACGGAAUCGACGAUUUCCAAGAGGCUGGGAAGACCAGCGCAGCACCAGACGACGGCGGUGACGCCAAACAAAACGACGACGACGACGACGAGAACCAAAGCACGAGCAGACCAUAUGGCCUCUCCGACUACUUCGACAUUCGAACCGACUGCUUUACCGGCAAGAUGCGCAACACAUUUACUUGCCCGCGUGGGGAAACCCAAUGCGACGGCUUCGUCUUCGCCUCCAUAGAGGAAUGCCAGGCGCACGAGCACGACUGGCACGCAGGGCCAUACCGCUGCCUAGUCUGUGGACAGGCGUUCGCCUCGGGGACACGACUGCGGCGGCAUACACACUACGAAGAGUCGGAGUCGCGAAGGGUUGAAGUGGAAGCGGCGGAGGCGCGUCGCGGAGGCUGCGCGGCGGUCAGAGUGUAUCAUGGCAACGAUCCGGCGCGGAGCCGGGCGCGGCGGUUUGCCAAGAUGGUGCGCGCGGAGGAGGCCGAGACAGAAAAGGCCCAGAGAAGGGCGCGGAAGGAGGCAGAAAGGACGGCUCGGCAGGCGAAGAAGAACAAGAAGGAGGGAAUAGACGAUGAGCCGCUGGUGGUCAUCGGCGCAGACGAGGGCGAGGACAUCGCAACGGGAUGCUCAGAGGAAGACGGCGCAGCGAGCUGCCAGGAGCCAUGCUGUCCAUUCUUCGGGAAGAGCUUUGCGAGCACCGUGGCAUAUGCGCGACAUGUUGCGGCCCAAGGCCACGUCGUUGCCGUGGCCAUGGGCGAGGCCCUCGUCGAGCAGCUCACAGCCAUGGUCAGGGCCAAGGCAUCCACGACCGUCAAGAACCCGGACGAUGACAGCAGGGCGCGCACGCCCCCUCGGCAGCGACCGACAUACUUGCCCUCACCACCUCCAACGCCGCAUACCGUUGCUGACGGUGAAGAGAAUGGGCUGGCCAGCAGUGCGUGGGACGACGAGGAAGGGCUGCCGAUGAUGCUCGAGCGACGACUGGACAAGACGAGGCGGGCGCUGCGCGAGCUCCGCUGCAACGCACCCGGCUGCGAGAUGUACGGCCGGAGGAUGGCGACUAGCCAGGGCUACUGGUCGCACCUGGCAUCGGGGCAGCACACGGCGGCGCUGAAGGCGUGGUGUGAGCGAGGAGGGGAGGCGGUGUAUGUAUCUGCUUGA